AUGUCGUUUGGAAGACAAAGGGGUGGACGUUGGGGCAUGAACUUCAUAUCCCCAUCAGGACCCCAUGGAAGCCUAUCCACCAGCCGGAUCCGUGAUGAAGGUCCCGGUGAUUACUUUAGGUCUGGUUAUUCCAGCAGCGCUCUGGCUGCCGACGGCGUACGAGUUGGAGGCGCAGCGAUUCCACCCCCAUCCUCGGUUAACCGGGGUAAGCGUGAAUACUGUGACCCAAACGAGAUCAUCGCGAAACAGACCACUCUGGUUCCGUCCCAUGGCAGCGCUUCGUCGAGGACUUUUGCUAAUCUCGGACGCAAGCGUAUAGCUGAUGAGGAGGACUAUUUUCUGGAGGAGGAUGACCAGGGAGGCUUGGAAUAUCAGCCGGCUCCAGGUAGUCCAGCCGACGGGAAAGGCAAAAAGUCCACUUCUGACUCGGAUUCAGAUGAUCCGUUGGACAAGUACAUGGAGAAUAUCGAGGAAGAAGUUCGGACGUUGGAUUAUGCUCCACCAAACAAACCUGGGGCGAAGAAACCGGCCAGAGGAAACACUAAGGGUAUUCGGGAUGACAUAGAACAAGAGGACGCGGUGGAGUCGUAUUUACGAUUUAUGGAGGAAAACCCUCACUUGGGAUUGCAUAUGGACGACGAAGAAGAAGCUUAUGAAUACGACGCAGAGGGUAAUAUAAUCGGCACGGAGAAAAAGAUGAUUGACCCAUUACCCCCCGUCGACCAUUCAGUAAUCAAGUAUGCUCCAUUCGCUAAAAACUUCUACAUCGAGCACGAGGAGAUUACCAAUCUGAGCGAGGCGAAUGUGGCUGAAUUACGUGAAAAAUUGGGAAUUCGUGUGAGUGGUCCAAGCCCACUCCGUCCGGUCUGUUCGUUCGCUCAUCUGGGUCUGGACGAACCCCUGCUGGAAGCGAUUCGUAAAGCUGGAUUUACGAAACCCACUCCUAUACAAGCCCAAGCCGUGCCUUUGGUGAUGGCCGGACGUGAUGUGAUCGGUAUUGGCAAAACGGGUAGUGGGAAAACUGCGGCAUUCUUGUGGCCGGCGAUUAUUCAUAUCAUGGAUCAGCCCCCUUUGAAGCUGGGUGAUGGUCCGAUUGCAGUCGUUUGUGCCCCGACGCGCGAACUGGCCCAGCAAAUCUACACGGAAGCAAAAAAGUUAGCCAAGGUCUACAACCUUACCACCGUUUGCGCUUACGGUGGUGGAAGUCUGUGGGAGCAACAGAAAGCCUGUGAGGCAGGUUGUGAACUGCUCAUUUGCACACCAGGUCGCCUGAUUGACUUGGUGAGAAAGAAGUCAACCAAUUUGCGACGGGUCACCUACCUUGUCUUUGACGAAGCGGAUAAAAUGUUCAAUUUGGGAUUUGAACCGCAAGUACGAUCGAUAGCCAACCACGUCCGGCCUGAUCGACAAACUCUGCUGUUCAGUGCAACUUUCAAGCGACGCCUUGAGCGACUGGCUCGCGAUAUCCUGACCGAUCCUGUGCGUAUUGUGGAGGGUCACUUGGGAGAGGCCAACGAAGAUAUCACGCAAAUCGUGGAGAUCUUUGACAAACCGGACGAAAAAUGGGACUGGUUAACAAGAAACCUAGUUCGUCUCACCACCGGAAUCCACACGAAUCCCGCAUCAGCUCCGAAAACAUUGCAGCAACAACAAAAGCAGUUUGAAGUAGCGCACCUAAAGCUCAUUGAAUCACUGACUCAGAAACUGCAUAUCCAUAAAGCAGCAGUCAGUACUGGUGAGUCUUCUGUUUCCUCAACUGAUGCAGCCGCGGCCUCAAUUACGGAGAUCAUAUUCGACCCUCUUUCUGGUCACACUUUUGACUCCUGGUUCAAGCGGUACGAAAACAUGUUCAAGACUGAUUUCUCCAAAUUUGAUGAUGGAUGGAAAGUCAGACUACUGCUGCGAAAACCCGGCACACCGGAGCAUGAACGGUUCACAAAUUUCAUUCUCCCCAAGCUGCCCCGCGACUUCAGCUUUGAUGAGACGGUCAGAACACUGUUACAGAUAUUCAGCGAUCAAACAUCACUGUUCAGUAUCCGCUACCAAUGCCUUAAGUUGGCCAAGAAAGAUGAUGAUGAUUUCAUCACGUUUGCCGGUGUUGUCAAUCGAGAAUGCGAGCGCUUCAAGCUCAGCUCAAUGACGGAGAAUCAGUUUAAGUGCCUCAUUUUUGUAUCCGGUCUCCAGUCAUCCCAUGAUGCUGACAUCAGAACCCGGCUUCUUAACAGAAUUGAACAGGAUGCCGAAAUGACGUUGCAGAGCCUCACCACUGAAUGCCAACGCCUCAUCAACCUGAAGCACGACACGGCUAUGAUCGAGGGUAGUGUACUGGUAUUUGUUACGCGGAAGACACACAGCGAGGAGGUGGCACGCAAACUGAAAAUGCGUGAUCUCAAGGUCCUACUAAUUCACGGUGAUAUGCAUCAGUCCGAACGAAACUCCGUGAUUCAUUCGUUCAAGCGUCAAGAAGCACCUAUUCUAGUUGCCACAGACGUCGCUUCCCGAGGAUUGGAUAUACCUAGUAUUCACAACGUGGUAAACUAUGAAGUCGCCCGGGACAUUGAUACUCACACUCAUCGGGUUGGCCGUACGGGUCGUGCCGGAGUCAAAGGCACUGCCUACACGCUCUUCGUCGCGGGUAAAGACCCGGUGGACUUCGCUGCUUGUCUCGUCCAGCACCUGGAAGCCUCGGGCCAAAACGUUCCCCCGAAGUUGCUUGACUUGGCUCAUAAGUGUUCGUGGUUUGCACACAACCGUUCCUCGUUGGUAAAUUCAGGCGGCGCAGCCGAAUCGAUCAGUCGCCCAAGCUUUGGAUUUGAACCCAGGCCACCACGUGCCAGACCGGGCUUAGGUCUCUCAGCAGAUGACGAAUCUUUUGCCGGUGGUGGGAAUCCGAGGAGCGGUCCAGCCACGGCAGCCGCUGCCGGUGAAGGGGCCGAAAUAAUUCGUCCUGGCGGACUUCAGGCAGAUAGGUUUUGUGCGAUGAAAGCCGCCUUUGCAGCUCAAUACAGCAGACGUUUUGUUUCAGCUGGAGUUGAAGCCAGCAAAUACACUCAUCCAGAAAUGCUUCAACCCGCCACCAACGUCACCAAGAGUCAAUUUCAAGCAUCCUCUUACGGGACGGAAUUAUCCUGCCCUCAGCCAGUAGCGACACCACAAGCUGUCCCAACCCCUAGAGGAGUUCCGGCACCUAUUCCUCCACCAGUUCCGGUUCCAGCUCCCGUUCGACCACCGCCACAGCCAGUGUCCACCCCGCCCUCUCAGCCUGAGGUCAAGAAAAAGCGUUCACGAUGGGAUUAGCCUUUCGAUCAACACUUGAAUGUUUUGUUCUUCACAGACUGCAAAAUAAUGCCUCAAUAAAAAUCAUUUGAAACACAAUCAUAUAUUUAUAACACCACACAAAUUAAAAGUAAAAUGGCAAGUCGAUUGGAACGAAAAUUGCGGAGCAGAAAGUAAUCACAUCCGGACGAUAUGGAGCAAACGAACAAUACUGCAUGCUAGUUUCAGUCAGUGAUCUUGAGCUAGCUCAUUUGGAACACUUGACGUCAUUCGAAGAUGUAGCAUGCACAAGGUGUCCAUUCGACAGAAGAGGCCAUUAGCGGUGCAGUCAAUUAGUUGACUGCACCGCCUAACCUCAACCACCACCUCCGAAUCUGGACGUAGGUCGGUAACAACUUCUAGAACCACCAUCGGUCAGUGGGUUAUAAUCUAUAGAGGGACAUAGAAAUUGCCAGUUGUUAAAAGUCCAAGUUAAAUUAUGCUUCAGUUACCGUUUAUAUAAAGUGCCUGUUAGGGAAGGAAACCAUAAGUUGCUUGGAUCCUCUACCUGAUAGGUUUGUAAGUGGAGAGACAAAUAUCAAAUCACGUGGUUGAGAAACGAGUCGUGCGAAAUGACCACGCAGCUCAUCAGCAACGUUGUCAGCCGUAAGGACCGCGUACCUGUCGUACAGUGGUUGUAGCUGUCACAGUUUCGUUCACAAAUGAUUUGAGGAAGUGGGGUAGGUAGCACAUUGGAGGCAGGAAUUGAUAAAUUGGUACGCAAAUACAGGACCGUCAGGCGACUGUUAAAUGGGGGAAUAGGGAAGGGAGCUACACAUUGAAAGAUUGGAUGCACGCCCUUAAUGGAGCUUGUGCAUCCACGCGGAUAAUCACCCACCACUAGGGUGGUGUUCGAUUUCGGGGUCUAAAUUCCUUUGGAGAUUCGUGAGACCCACACCACUGAUGAUUGCUAGGACUCACUACAAAACCCGUCGGUGCUUGAGUUCGUUAAGGCAGCAAACUGACAUUAUCACUCUGCGAAAACAAACUAAGGGAGACGCCACAGCGAGCCUGCUCGUGUUCGUUAACCCGGCCACACAAAUAAAAAAAUUUGUGGAUGACCACUACUCAAAGUGUUUAUCGGACAUCCCUGAAAUUGUUAUAUUUGGAUAUACCAAUAUCGCUGCCGGGUCCUUUCCUGUCCUGGAUGACACCGGACAUCCAGCUAGAUUCGACCAAUAACCUGGAAUAACUGCUUGUACAUGAAUUUCAGGUAUAUUGGUUGUGAAUACGAAAAUCUGGGAACAUGAGAAAUAGACUACGAAAUGCAAGUGUGUAGUCACUUGCAGCUCUGGUCCCUAGACUUGGCACGUUACUGCCGAAUUUACAGGAAGUGCAGUAAAAACUGCUGGUGCUGCUCCCAUGAGGAAAUAGUCGUACGGUUGUAACACCCACCCGGUGAAUAGCUACCAUGCCUCCCGAAGGAAGCACGAAAACUGAGAUACUGUCAGUUUGCCCAAGCCCAGACAAGAUCGACUGAGACGCCGGGAUUGAAUUCGAACCACGACAAGCUUGCGGCUUAUCC